UUUCAAAGCCGGCCGAGACACCGCUCCUUUAGUCACGAAAGGAGGCCGAAACCUAGAGAGGAACGGAGAAGCAGCUCACACUCAUUAGACCUAGAACCCUCGAGCCCACAACGCGUGCAAACUGCUACUAUCCAUAAGACACAAUCCCUCACCAAAAUGGCAACGCUAUCGCUCAAGAUAUCCCUAGAGGGGGGCAAAGUGGUGAAGACCAUUCAGUUCGACCCCUCCACAACUGUUUACGACGCCUGCCGCAUUAUUCGCGAGAAGAUCCUGGAGGCGAAUGCUAAUGACCCGAAAGAAUACGGCCUCUUCCUCGCCUCAGAAGAAGACAACAAGAAGGGUAUCUGGCUAGAGGCUUCCAGAAGCUUGGACUACUAUAUGCUCAGGAACGGAGAUCUGCUGGAGUACAAUAAGAAGACCAGGAAUUUGAGGGUCCGGAUGUUGGAUGGCACAGUGAAAACCUUGCUCGUAGACGACAGUCAAAUUGUAGCUAACCUGAUGGUGGUGAUCUGCACCAAGAUCGGCAUCACCAACUAUGACGAGUACGGGCUGGUCCGUGAGGAACAGAAAGAAGAAGCGGACCCCUGUGAGAAGCCGAACUAUGGCACCCUCACCCUUAAACGAAGACACCAGGAGAAAGAACGCGAUGCUAAAAUGGAGCAGCUGAGGAAGAAGUUGAGAACUGAUGAUGAGGUGAACUGGGUGGAGCCGGGCGCCACGCUGCGCGAGCAGGGCGUGGAGGCGGCGGAGACGCUGCUGCUGCGGCGGCGGCUGUUCUUCUCGGACCGCAACGUGGACUCGCGCGACCCCGUGCAGCUCACGCUGCUGUACGUGCAGGCGCGCGACGCCAUCCUGGCCGGCACGCACCCCAUCACGCAGGACAAGGCGUGCGAGUUCGCCGGCAUCCAGUGUCAGAUUCAGUUCGGAGACCACAAGGAGGACAAACAUACCAUGGGAUUUCUGGACUUGAAGGAAUUCCUGCCGGCUUCGUACAUGAAGGUGAAGGGCAUCGAGAAGAAGGUGUUCAAGGAGCAUCGCCGGCACGCGGGGCUCAGCGAGCUCGACGCCAAGGUGCUCUACACCAAGAGCGCGCGCGACCUCAAGACCUACGGCGUCGCCUUCUUCCUCGUCAAGGAAAAAAUGAAAGGCAAGAAUAAACUAGUGCCGCGACUGCUCGGAGUCACCAAAGACUCCGUGCUGCGUCUGGAUGAGAAGACCAAGGAAAUCCUGCAGACCUGGCCCCUCACCACGGUGCGACGCUGGUGCGCCAGUCCCAACACCUUCACCCUGGACUUUGGGGACUACAGCGACCAGUACUACUCGGUGCAGACGACGGAGGCCGAGCAGAUCCUGCAAGUGAUCGCGGGCUACAUCGACAUCAUCGUGCGCAAGCGCCGCGCGCGCGACCACCUCGGCAUCGAGGGCGACGAGGGCUCCGCCAUGCUGGAGGACUCCGUGUCGCCAUCCAAAGCUAACAUAAUCCAACACGACACCCUGAAAGCCUCUGGUAAAGUCAACACCUCUUCGGUCGCUAAGCCGGCCGUUUUGAGGCCUGGAGCUGAAGGUGCGAAGCCGUUUGCGGUGGGUCACGUGACGGGCGCGCAACAGACCACCGUGUCUGGACAAGUGCUCACCGGACACGCGCCGCCCGCUGCGACGCAGGUGCAGCAAACCAAAGUCACUUCCGUAAUGACGGAGCCCCAGCGCGCGCUGCUCUCCACCAUAACCAGUGGCAAGGAGAUCAUCAAGCAGACUGAGCAGAGCCUGACCAGGACCGCCCUGCCGGCGCUGGGCCAGGACGCGGGCUCGGUCAAGUGGAUGCGCGCCACCAUGGACAGCAGCAAGCAGGUGGUGACGUCGCACAUCGCCGCCAUGAACGCCGCCACGGCGCAAGUGGUCACUCUCACUGCUGGUCCUACAGAAGAAGUGGAUCACACCGCGGUCGGAGCAGCCAUCACUACCAUCACCACCAACCUGCCUGAGAUGACCAAGGGUGUUCAAAUGAUCGCGGCACUAAUGGACGACACUCAAAAUGGUGAUCGAUUACUCGAUGCCACCCGCAAGCUGUGUUCCGCGUUUUCUGAUCUGCUGAAGGCGACCGAACCAGAUACCAAGGAGCCACGCCCGAAUCUUCUUAACGCAGCCUCAAGAGUUGGAGAAGCUUCCACCAGUAUCCUUUACACCAUUGGCGAAGAAACUGAAGAAGACAAGGAAACGCAGGUUUUCUUCGGGAAAGACACUAAGGAAUACGGUGCAGAUUUCUUACCAGAAGAAAAGGACAAAAAGUAUGAGGACGACGGCAUAUAUGAAGACAUAGAUACUAGUAAUUAUUUUGGUAAAAUGCUAGAUAUAAUCCAUGAAGAAACAGAUAGUGAAUACUAUAGAAGUCUAGAAUAUUGUAAUACCAUUUUUAAACGUCAAUUAGGUAGACCAACAGUAGAUGAUUUUAGGAAUAACGUUAGUACUGAUUAUGUUACGGACGAUGUCAGACGCGGUCGAUUAAGUUCAAAUGGGGAGUCGGGAGACGGCGAUUAUGAAGCGAUAUUGUUUAAUUGCGAAGGUUAUUUAGAAAAAGAUAAAAGUGUUCCUAACAAUUUGGCAGUCGAUAAGAGUGGCUUAGAAAUCGAUGGGACUUUAGAUAAAGAUUAUGAAACAGGUGAUCAGAAUCCAAAAUUAUACCCAAAAACUAUUUCAGACAAAAUUUUUGAUUUUAAAAAAGACUUCUCUAAUCAUAAUUAUCUUAACGUAAACUUUGAUAAUUCCAAAACUAAAAAUGAAAAUGACAAUAACAUUAAUCUAGACAGACGUACUAAGAACGAGAUAUUAAGACAGCAGUUCUUCCUAUCGAGCACCAAUAAAAAUGACGUGAACGACAAAUUCAAUCGAUUUACUGACAAAAACGACCUAAAUGAUAAAUUGAAUCGAUUAAACGACAAGAAAAUCGAAUGCCACAGCAUAAGAAAUGACAUUACCAAAACCGGUCCAGACGUAAAAGUAGCCGGUGCCCUUAAUAUGAAAUUAUUUAAUCUUGACAAAUACAAUCGCGUUUUGACAACUACGGAAACUUUUAUGGAGAAAGCUGAAGCUAGUUUUACUAAGAACGAGCUUAAUUUGAAAAGAGACGAUUUCGAAAGCUUCAUUAAACGUAGCGAGAAAUAUUUCACCACGGAACAUAGAGAUAGGGAAACGACAGUUCAUUUGAACAAUGCUUCUUGUACACCGCCACCGAAAGGCAAAACUGAAGUACGAAUAGUUUACAAUCCAACAUUUUUAGCUACUCAAGAGAACAUUAAAGGUUUCUGCCAAUUUUGUAACAAAAGAUGCCCUCGUACGGAUCUGAAAUGCUGCCCAAAAUGUGAUAUCCUCUUAUCGCUGGCCAAAGCAGUGGCCAACACUACAGCAGCUUUGGUCCUCAAGGCCAAGAAUGUCGCCUCCCAAUGCCGGGACGAACAACCUCUGCAGAACAACAUCAUCGCUGCUGCUACGCACUGUGCCCUCGCUACUAGCCAGCUUGUGGCUUGCGCUAAGGUGGUAGCCCCAACCCUCCACAACCCAGCUUGUCGAGAGCAACUAACCAGCGCGGCGCGUCAAGUGGCCCAAGCUGUGGAGAAACUGGUAGCAGCUUGUCACCAGGCCCCAGAAUCUGCUGGUCCAGGCGUCGAACAGCUGACGAUAGCUGCACAGAGGGUUUCUGAAGAGCUAGAACGACUACUGGCUCAUUGUGACCUUGAUCGUCGCGUGCAGCCAACAGUAAUGGAGCAGUCGGUGGAGAGUGUGAUGUGCGCGUCGGAGCGCGUAACUGACGCCGCCGACGCGCCGGAGAUGGUGCGCCGCGCCCGGCUGCUGGGGCAGGCCACGGCGCGACUCAUAGCUGAUAUUAAGACGGAAGCAGAAAAGCAACCAUCUGAAUCUCAACGCAAACUUUUGGCUGCAGCCAAGCUAUUGGCAGAUGCAACCGCAAGAAUGGUGGAAGCGGCCAGACUGUGCGCAUCGCAGCCGCAGGACCGUGAUAAGCAAGAAGCAUUACGUCGCGCGGCCGAAGAGCUGCGUUUCAUCACGGUAGACUAUGCGCAAGGACAGGACAUUGUGGGCACACAACUGGCCAGAUUAUCCGAAAGUGCGCGCCAAGCUGCUUCCAGCGCCACCCAACUGAUCACAUCUGCGCAGAACGCGACCCAGUACAACACGAAUAAGUAUUCACAGGAAACUCUUUUAUCGGAAUGCGAAGUGCUAAAUGAGCAAAUACCGCGCAUGGCACAAGCGGCCAGGACUGCGCAGGCCAGGCCCGCCGAUCCGGCAGCUAACUUAGACCUCAUCACCGCGUCCGAAACCUUCCUACAGCCGAGCGGGCACGUGGUGCAGGCGGCCCGCGGCGUGCUCCCCACCGUCAAUGACGUCACAGCGGCCAAGCAGCUGGCGGACACCACGCACCAGUUCACCACCAGCUGCGCGGAUUUGAGGUCUGCUGUGAGUCGCGCAAGAGUAUCAUGCAAGGGUGUGGAGUUAGAUGCAGCAGCAGAAAUCAUCAAGAGCCUUCAAGCUGAGUUGGAUGAAGUGGAACAGGCUGCCAGAGACCUGGAGUUGCGCCCACUGCCGGGACAGACGGCGGAGUGGGCAUCAGCGCGCCUCCAGAGCGCCUGCCGCAGUGCGGCGUCGGCGACGGCCCAGCUGGUCAGCAGCGCGCGGCGCCGCGAGAGCCCCGGCUGCUCCCGCGCCGCCGCCGACCUGGCGUCCGCGCUGAGGGACUUCGCCCCGCCACUGCGAGCCACAGUGGCGACUGCGCCACAGCAGUACCAGCGGAGGGUGAUCAAGUCGGGUCGUCAAGUGUUAUACUCAUCGUUGACCCUGGUGGAGACUGUUAAGCAUCAGCUGGCAAGCUCGGAAGAACCCGAUACAUCCAGAAUCAUGAGCCUAGCCAAGAAUAUCAGCGAGGGCAUGGAAGAAGCGAUAGGAGCUGUUCCAUCUUACGCAGAAUUGGACACUGCCAUCGAAAACAUUGGCCAAACUCUAGAUAUAUUGGACAUGGGUGAAUUCCCACACACUGACAAGAGCUAUGGUGAGCUGCAAACGGAGUUAAACUCGGCGGCAGUGGUGCUCAGCAACGCGUCGUCGCACGUGGUGAACAGCGUGGAUACGGAAAAGCUGCCCGCGUCCGCCGCAGACUUCCAGGCCUCGUUUGAGCGGCUGGUCACCGUUUGUCUAGAGAUGGCCGGACAUGCUGAGGAAACCGAAAGUCGCACACAAAUGGUCAGCUCCCUGAAGACCGUCACAGUUAACUCGUCCAAAUUGUUGAGCACCGCCAAAUCUGUCAGUCAGGACCUGACUCGUCCGAACGCUAAGAACCAACUCGCAGCUGCGGCCCGCGCGGUCACCGAGAGUAUCAACCACUUGGUGGACGUGUGCACGGAGGCGGCGCCGGGCCAGAAGGAAUGCGCCGCUGCCAUCCGCAACAUGGAGAGCAGCCGGCCGCUGCUGUCGGCGCCCACGCAGCCGAUCAGCGAGCUGGGCUACUUCGCCUGCCUCGACGCCGUGGUGGACCAGAGCAAACUGUUGAGCGAGGGAAUGUCGGGCAUGGCGAGUGCUGUGAAAAAGUCUGAAACAGAUAAGUUUUCACGCAGCGUUGCCACGGUCGCCACCGCCGUGCAGGGGUUGGUGGAAUGCACUGCCCAGGCCGCUUACUUGGUGGCGGUGUCGGACGAGACCAGCGUGGCGGGGCGGGCGGGCUUGGUGGACCAGGCGCAGUUCGCGCGCGCCGCCGCCGCCAUCGAGCACGCGUGCCGCACGCUGUGCGACCCCAACACCGACCAGCACCAGGUGCUGUCGGCGGCCACGGUGGUGGCCAAGCACACGAGCGCGCUGUGCAACGCGUGCCGCGGCGCGUCGGGGCGCUGCGCCGAGCCGCAGAGCAAGCGCCACUUCGUGCAGGCCGCCAAGGACGUGGCCAACUGCACCGCCGCGCUCGUCAAGGAGAUCAAGGCGCUCGACGCCGACUACUGCGACGCGAACCGUGCCCGCUGCGCCGCAGCCACCGGCCCUCUUCAGGAAGCGGUCAGAAGUUUGCGACAGUUUGCCGACAGCCCAGAGUUCGCGGCCGUGCCUGCCAAAAUAUCCCCACAGGCUAGAGAUAACCAGGAGGCGAUCCUACAUUGCGGCAGGAACAUAAUCACGGAAUCGUGCGCGAUGGUGGAGGCCGCGCGCGCGCUGGCCCUGAGCGGCACCGAGCGCGCGCACUGGCACGCGCUGGCGCACCACAGCAAGGCCGUCUCGGACACCAUCAAGUCACUGGUCGCCAACAUACGGGAGAAGGCGCCAGGCCAGCGCGAGUGCGGCGCGGCGCUGGAAGCCCUAAACAAACAGCUUCGGGAACUGGACCAAGUGGCCUUGCAGGCGGUCGGACAGGAGCUCCCGCCCCGGCAGGCCAACACGCUGCAAGGUUACUCGGAGCAAAUGGAAAACAGCGCCGCGGAAAUGGUGGAGAGACUGGAACCAUUGCGCGUGGCCGCUCGCAGCGAGGCGGAGAACCUGGGCCACGCCGUGGUGAACCUGAUAUCAUACGCCGAGCCGCUCGUGCACGGCGCGGCGGGCGCGGCGUCCAACAUGACGGACUCGCAGGCGCAGGCCGCGCUGCUGCAGCACAGCAGGACUGUGCUGGAGACGCUCAGCCUGCUGCUGCACGCCGCCAAGCAGGCCGCGGGGAACCCCCGCGCCACUACGGCCCACGCCGAGGUGGACGCUCAGGCGACGCUCGCCCGCUCCGCGCUCAGCGAACUGAGCGCACACACCCGCGAGCUCAGCACUCAGCGCGGAGCCGUCGGGCCUCUGCUGGACAGCGUCGCUAGAGCCGUGGCCCGUCUGACUGAGCAUAGAAUGUCGCUGAUCGGCGCCUACGAUGAGACGGACUCGUUCGUGGAUUACCAGACCAGAAUGGUGGGUGCUGCGAAGGAGAUCGCGAGACUUGCUACUGAUAUGACGGCCAAAGCGGCCACCGAGCCGGCGCGCCUGGUGGAGGUGGGCAGCGACAUGUGCGGCAAGUACGAGCGCCUGGCCGCCGACAGCGUGGGCGCCUCCGCCACCACGCCCAACGCCGACAUCGCCAACAGAAUCCGCCUGGCCGCGGUGGAGCUGGGCGAGGCGGUGUCGGAGCUGGUGCGCGCGGGCGGCCACUGCCGCCUGUCCGCCAUCGCGCAGAACCAGAAGGCCGUGGCCGACUCGGCGAGGAGAGUCAAUGAAAAGGUGGUGAGCGUGCUGAGCGCGCUGCAGGCGGGGUCGCGCGGCACGCAGGCGUGCAUCGACGCGGCCGCCACCAUCGCCACCAUCCUUGGCGACCUGGACACCACCAUCCUGUUCGCCAGCGCCGGUACCCUUCAAUCUGACAAGGAAGGCGAUACGUUCUCCAACCAUCGCGAGAACAUCCUCAAGACGGCCAAAACUCUGGUCGAAGACACCAAGACCCUCGUGGGAGGAGCUGCGGGCAGCCAGGAACAGCUGGCGGCUGCUGCUCAAAGUGCUGUAUCAACAAUCGUGCAACUAUGCGAAGUAGUCAAAAAUGGUGCAACCUCACUGAGCGGUGCAGAACCGCAAGUAUUAGUCCUGCAUGCGGCCAGAGACGCGGCCGCGGCCUUGAGAGACCUGGCCGCUGCCACUGCCGCGGCGAGUGGCAAAAGCGUUGCACAUCCGGAUAUGCACGCGCUCAAACACGCUGCCAAGCGACUGUCAGACCCGAAGCGAUGGAGCCUCCCCAUCAAAACUAACACAGUACCGCGGAGCAAGAGACGGUCUAUAACCAUAAGAGAUUACAACUCGUGUGAUUCCGAGACAGAUAUGUUUCAAUCCGAUCAGGAAGACGAACUUAUCAAGCUCUUAGACUAUUCCAGUCAUGACGAUGACGUUUCUCCAACAAUAUUCCACGACAGUUGCGAAGAAUUAAUCGCUUAUAUUGAAACCCAAUUGAUCAAACCUCCACCUAGAUUUACUAAUGAUGAUGUAAAUACUAGAUACAAUAUGGCAGCACGAAACAGCUUAUUUGAUAUGGAUUGGCGUGUAGUUAAAUAUGGAGAAAAUAUAUUUUUAUCAGAACUUAAGAAACUUGUUGACUUAUUUAUAAGCUGUGUCGAUAAAGAUGAAAAUAGGAAAAGGAGACACGCCCGAGAGAAAGAUAGAGCUAGCUCAGAUCUAGAUAGUGAAAUGAAAAGAUUAUCUCAAGUCAUGGAUGAUCUAGAUUGGCAAGAUGUGCUCAAUGAAAACUUUAAAACUACUAUAGUGACUACUAGAAGAAUUGAAACAGUUCCUAAAAAAGCUAAAAUUGAGAAGCCUAAGUUAAAAAGCCCCGAAUUCAAAGUAAAAAAGGUCAAACCAAUAAAUUUGGAAGUUAAAUUAGACUUAAAAACCCCAGUGCCGAAAGAAACUCUAAAAUCUCCACCAAAAGAAGUAACAGCACCAAAAAAAGACGAUAUAAUCGCAACAAAUGUAGAAAUAAGUAAAACUGAAUUUUGGAAUUUGUUUAAAGACGAUACAGUGUGGUGGAAAGCGUUGGCUAAAAGAAAUUUAGAAAAAAUGGAAGAAGCAAGACUUGAAUUGGAACGUUUUAGUGGCCACGAGCUUGUUUUAGGAGAAAUAAGAUCAGAAAUAGAUAAAUAUGAAAGAGAAAAGAAGACUCUACAAAGCUUCAUUGAAGAAGUAGAUAAGUCCAAAGCUAUUAACAAAGACUUGGAAUACGACAAGAAAUAUGAAGAUAUGGUUCUAAAACUUAUUGAAUUUGCGAAAAAAGAUUUUAUUUAUAAAGGUUUCGAUCCCUUGAUCGAACAGUUGAAACUCCUUUCUAAUAUUCAAAUAGAAGGUAGAAAGAAACGCGUAGUCAACAUUGAAGAUAUUCUGAACGUUUACACUCAAAUAGAUAUCUCGAGAUAUACAUAUGAAGAACUGUGUUUAUUGGAGAAAUAUUAUAAAGAAAUCAUAAGAAAAUAUAAAAGUAACACGUGCGAAAAAGAAAACGUAAUACCUGUGGAGUAUGUGGAUAGAGAAAAGAAAAAUAGAUCAGCACCACCAUCGUACCAUAGAAAUGUUAUUUUAAAUGUCAAUUCACAACACAAUAUAAAUAAGAAUAUCAACCAUUACAGCACAACAAACAUUAGUAAUAGCCAUAGUCUAAAAAGAUCUAAACACCAAAGACAAAUAUCAGAGAAUAAUUUAGAAAUUUUCGAUUUAACACGCACAUAUCCUUCAGAAUACUACGCCAAUAACUGGUGGUCCAUUUACGAAGACGUUCUUAAAAAUAGGGAACAUCAAUUCGGCACUAUAGAUAAUUGGUGGAAUUUCUACGAAGCAAUAUUGAAUAGAAAAGAUAUUAGCAAUGAAGAAUUAAAAAGGAUCAGAACCGUCGUGGAACACAGAAUGAGGAAAUCGAGACCCAAUAGUAGAAUGGAGGAACAACUGAAAAUGUUAGAUGAAGUGAAGAACGCAAGGUUUCAGGAAUCGGAGGACGUUGCGACCAGCGGGAAUGAAUCGGUGAUGGUGACGAAUGUGACGUCACUGCUAAAGACUGUCAAGGCAGUGGAGGACGAACACACGCGCGGCACCCGGGCUCUCGAGUCCACCAUUGAAGCUAUCUCGCAAGAGAUUGAGGUCCUAAUGUCGCCGGCGGCUCCGAAAUCAACGGCGUCAGUAGAAGAGCUGAUGCGCUCCACCCGCCUGAUGACGGCUGCAACCGCCCGAGCGGUGGCCGCAUCCGGCCAAGACCAGCUCACUGCUGCCGCUAACCUCGGAAGAAGAACCGUCUUGGAUAUGCUGGCUGCAGCCAAGGGAGCAGCGCAUUCAGCGGAGACCGAGGAACUGAAAAUCCGCACGCUGGAGACCACGCGAGUGGCCGCGGAGGCCUACCGCUCCCUGCUCAUAUCCCUCCUCAACGCGCCAGCCUCGAGGAGCCAGCUGCCCGAGCUCUCCCGGAGGGUGGCGCAAGCCGUGGCGGACAUGCUGGCGGUAGCUGAGCUGCUUAAAGGCUCAGAAUGGGUGGAUCCGGCGGACCCCACGGUGAUCGCUGAACAGGAGCUCCUGGGCGCCGCUGCCUCCAUCGACGCCGCGGCACGGAAGUUGGAUGCCCUGCGACCGCGCGUGCCUAAAACACAGGAAACGGAUGAGAACAUGAACUUUGAUGAGAUGAUCCUGGAGGCUGCGAAGUCGAUCAUCGCCGCCACGUCCGCGCUCGUCAGGGCGGCUUCCGCUGCCCAGAGGGAACUCAUAGACCAGGGAAAAGUGGCGCGCCGCCCCACUUCGUCCUCGGACGACGGGCAGUGGUCGGAGGGGCUGGUGUCGGCGGCGCGGCUGGUGGCUGCGGCCGCGCACGCCUUGGUGGAGGCUGCCAACGCGCUGGUGCAGGGAGCGGCCUCCGAGGAGAGGCUGAUCUCCAGCGCCAGGCAGGUCGCCUCCAGCACCGCCCAGCUGCUGGUGGCUUGCAAGGUGAAAGCCGACCCAAGUUCCGAGUCCACCCGUCGUCUCCAAGCAGCCGGGGCCGAAGUCAUUCGGUCCACGGACAAUCUUGUCCGUGCGGCGCGCGAUGCCAUACACUGUGAUGACGAGAGGAGUCUUGUACUCAAUCGACGCAUGGUGGGCGGAAUUGCACAGGAGAUUGAUGCUAGGUCCGAAGUGCUCCGCAUAGAGAAGGAGCUCGAGGAAGCGCGCGGCAGGCUCACGGCCAUCCGCCAGGCCAAGUACAAGCUGCGCGACACGUCCGGCGCGUCCGGCGACGAGACGGACACUGACCAUCCCGGGUACUCCAGCGACGCGUCGCACACCCCCACGCCGCACAGAUUCAAAGCGCCGACGAGCAGCUUCGCGAACACCACCUACAACCCAAACAGCACCUUCACCACCCAAAACACCACCCAGAACACAACUCAAAACACCACUUUCAACACCACACAAAACAUGAGCCAGCACGUCUCGAACCUGUCCCAAUCCGUCCACGGGACGCCAACCUCGCCUGGUUACAAUCAAAAUGGAUACGGCCGCGAUGAGAAAAUCCAAAGCCCGUCGUUCUCAAGCUUUCGACCUCUGGACGAAACCCCGAAACAGAGCUACGAAGGGUUUACUACACGGACAAGCAUGACGGAGGAAACGGUUGUCGUCAAGUCGUUGCGAUUGCCCGAGGUUCGCACAGCGUACUUGGUAACGGAGGAGGGUGGCACUGAGAAGAUCUCCUAUCGGAGGGAAAAGCCGCCGCCACCGCCGCCCCGCAGGAUAUCGCUACUAAACUACGAAACCCGAUUAUACGACACUCCGCGACCAAUCAACGAAUACUACACGCAGUCAUCGAAAACCGAUGAACAGCGUCAUUUCGAGACAUCCUCAUCGUAUAAAGACCAGAAAUAUGGUUACGAUGCCCCUAAAGCACCUCCGAUGAGCCCAAAGUUCAAUGCUAGAGAUCUGAAAUUCGAUGAGAAACCUGAACCGAUAUAUUCUACGCUCAAAAAACCAUUUGACGGUGUCGGCCAGACGUUCACAGAACACCAGAAAUCAUCCGAAGCAAUUCCAGGAGGAACUAAACAGUCCGAAUUCACCAUUAAGAGCGAGUCGUACCAGUCGUACCCGAAAACAGAGUUUUUUAAAACUGAAACUCGUCAAGAAACUAAAUCGCCUUUCGCGACUUCAACUCCAUCUAAAACUCAGACAGAUUUUGUAGAUUUCUCUAAGAAUAUGGAUAUGGUGAAAGCGGUUACUCCUGAAUACGAAAGGAUUGCGUCCCCAUAUGGCAAAGACGUCAAUAGUUUCGGUGGACCAAACUUCUUUGAGGAAACUACCACGGAAGUCAAAGAAAUACCGAAUGGCACCCAAAAGAUAACCAAAACUACGAUAUACAGCUCCUCCCCAGUUAAUCUAACGACUACGAAUACUAAAUACGAACCCAUAAAACUUGAAGGAAUCGAUGAGUUAUCAAAAUUCGACAACGACUCUCGCUACAGCACAUUAGACUCUCGUUUUAAUACGUUAGAGUCGAAAAUGAGUUCCGACACAAGUAGAUCCUUUAUGAGACCAUCUGACUUCCAAACAUCCGACUACCAAGCGACCACGAGCGUAACCAAAGUAAAAAAACCGUCUGAACUAAUCAAAGAAAUCGAUUCGAUGGACAAGAAGUUCUCUAAACAAUCUAUAACGUCCGAAACAAUUGAGAAGAAAUCAAUUAUGACCAGUUCACAUAAAUCGGAGAGCAGUUCGACAGUUACCAAGAAAUUUGGAAAUUUUUAAAGGUUUGAUCCUUGCUUGCUUUUUUAGGUUAUGUUUUGCUUGAUGUUGUGUUUGAGUAGAUCUGUUUAUUUAGCGGACUGUACUAUUGGAUUAAGGUGGAAACAUACGUGUAACAUAUGAAUCUCCUUUAAUGUUGUCCCAAAUUAUGUGUCAUCCUCGCUUGUUUGUCUCCCCAGCCCGCAACGCCGAGCUGUCACCCUAAGUUUGGUACCUAUUAAAUAUUAUCCGAUAAAGCGUGGAAAAGUAUUUAAAAAGUAAUUUAUUCUGUGGCAGUUUCAUUAUUGACUAAUUUUAUUCCUUGACUUUGUCUUUGUUUUAAAUCGUAAGCUGCCUCUUUUCGGUUGAUUAAUUCUAUAACAAUUUGAACUGCUCCGUUGCUCCUUGUAGAAGGCUCGAUCGAAAUAUAUUCUAUUGCAUUUAAUGUUAUAUUAUAGUUUGAUUGGAUUUAUUAUUGUUUUUGGAAGUUUCUUAUAAUUCUCAUCAUGUAGUCUGUGGAGGCGAAAGCGGGGCAUUGCGGACUUGGCUGCGUGUUUGUUAAACAAACUCGAUACAAUAGGGUUGUUAUAGCGACCCCUUAAACAAGCUUCACAGGAGUUAGAUAUCUUUACUCUUAUUAAACUAAAAGUAUGUUAAAUGUAUGUUUGUCCUCGAAUGUAGUUGGUGUACUGUGCCUGCGUUUUUUUGAUUUUUUAUUGAGUUUUUUACUUGUGAGUUUGCAAAUUAGCUUUAAAAUCCGAUUAAUAAAAUAGGCUUAGGAUAAUCGAAGGUGCUGUUAGUCUAAAAGUAUAAAAUUUAGUGCCUAAAUCUGAAAACAGUGGUUAGAAGAGUGUUUUAAAAAGUGUAUUAAAAAAUAUAUAUGUAAAAUUUUAGACAAAUAUUUAUUCCUUUUUAUAAUGUUAUACAACUAGGUCGCAUUAUUAAUUCAUAAACCGUCUUAAGACAUCGGUCUUGCAAUGAUUUAAAGUAUAAUACUUUCUAAAUAUUUAUUGUUGAUUAUAUUUCUCCUGCUUUCGUAUUUAGUAACUUUAGUGACGGGUUACCGGGCGGUCUUCAUGUAAUGCUGUUUUAUUAAAAAAACGCAUUCGACGUAGAAUGGAAAGAUAUCCCAUACAACAAAUGUACUCGUAGUUUUUGUUGAAAAGUAGAUGUUCUUUGUAGCAUAAUCCAAUAAUUACGUUUGUUUUAUUAAAAGAUUAAACACACUAUCGUAUUUCACAGAUUAUUUCAUGGUUUUUUGAUUUCCUUUUUUUAUUUCUCUUGCAAACAAUUUUUUGUGUGUUUAUUCAGUUUUCCAAUGAUGACCAUUGUAUGUCAGCAUCGGCUAAGGUCUCAAAUUUGGCAUGAAGAUGCCCAGUUAGCAACUUGCUGCAAAGUUAUAGAAUACGUGGGCAGGCCUUGAAUUCACAAAGUGCUAACUAAUCCCCUGAGGAACCUUAUUUAUAAAUGACUUUUUAAUGAAAUAUAUAAUGUUCAUAUAAAGUAAAAUACAAAAAAUAUAUAUAAAUGAUUUUUUAGCAAACAGAGUUUUGAAAUAAAUUACUGGUGCUUAAUUAUAAUGAAAAAAAAUAUAUAUAUUCAAACUGUGCCUAAAAGCCGCGUGUGCCGCCAAAUUUAAAUAAAAAAAGAUGCUCUAUUCACUUAGAAACUUCCAACUAUAAAUUUUAUACCACAAAUUAUAGAUACAAAUUAAAAUCUAUACAAUAUACCUAAUUAUAAUUAGUGUCUUUAUAUAUCCUCUUAGAACUGUGGUAAUAAUGAGAUACACAAAUAAUAUUUCAAUUAUUCCUAGCGAGUGCUACAUUAAAUACAAACCUCUCAAUUUUGAGGCAAAACAUUGGCAGCAUUACCCCUUUUCAUGUACAAACCAAGCUGAUUCGUAGUAUUUCAGGAAGUUUGUAGUAUUAUUCAAUCAUUAGAUAUACCUAUUCCCAAUUUGACUGAAAUCAUCAAUCAAUCUUAUAAGGUUGGUAAUAUAUAGCCGUUUAUAUUUUAAUAAAUUAUCUAGAAUCUACUAGUUAAAACUGUUGCAAAAGAUACCACAAGAAAUUAUAAUGUUGGAAAUUUCUAAAUGAACGGAACAAUAUACGUUUUAUUAGUGCCUUUAAAUGAUGUAGGAUAUAUUAAAACAUUAUUCUAUGUAUUUUCUACUACCUCUUAUAUAUUAAAUAGAAGAAUGUAGAAUUUUGCAUUACGGCUCUUUGCAUCCAAGUUUUUGCAAGUUUUUUUUACAGUAUGAAUUUUCAAUCUUAAAUUAAUAAUUCAAAAUAAAACAUGUUUUUCUAGUACUCAUAACCUUAAAAACUUUUUGUUUUAUAAAAUAUUAUAUCUUUCUGUAGUUUGUAUUAUAGAUUAAAACUAGAAAAGUGCCAUAGACAAAGCCUUAUGUAUAAGUGUAAACAAAAUGUAUAAUGUACAUAAAUUAAAUACAUAAAACUAAAUUUAAUGUUAUUUACUGCUAGUUUGUAGUGAUGUUUGGUGCAAUUCUAAUAAUUAUUUUAACUCGAAAGAUUUUUAUCGACUAACUUGAGUUUAUCUUUUUCGACUAAUCGACUAAGUAUAAUCAUGUAACAAAGGUUGCAUAAGCUUAUAAGAAAAAUAUAUUCAUUGUCAAACAGAUUUAUUUAAAAAAAAGCAGCUAUGAUGAUAUGAAAUCUAAGAAAAAACCGUAGUUUACGUCUAACAAUUGCUUAUGCAAUCUUUAAUUACUAAAAAUUAAAGCAUGUUUUAAAAGUAAUAUUUAUAUUAAUAACUAAGUAUUUUAGCGUUGCUAGUGUUCAGAAUAUAGCUUUUUUAUUGCAUUGGAAUAGAUACAAUAUUUUUGUUUUUUUUGUAGCAUAGAGACAACAACCGAAAUCUCGUCGCCUGAUUCGACAGAUUAUUUAAGAAAAAGUAUUUUUAUUUAACACACUUUUUAAUCAGGGCCCUUUUACAAGUAAUUUGCGUAACGUAAUAUAAAAAUAUGGUAUUUAAUAUUUAAUAUCGUAUGUAAUAGUUUAUUUAAUUUAAUAGAAGGGCUCUUUUUAAAACUUGAAGUAAAUUUUAUUUUUAAGUACUAAAGGUGCCUUUAAUCUGCAGGUUAUUUUUUUUAUAUUCUACAAGAGAAAAAUAUAUUUUUAAAAUAGUUUUAGAGUAGCGAUGCCCGCGUAAGCGAAUACGUCCACUGAAGGUAUUGAAACACCAAUUUAGUAGUUUGUAACAUUUAUGUAUAAUCUAUAACGGAUUAUACAUUAUUUGGCAGUUUUAACUUUAACUUGUGUCUUAGAUUAGGUUAAGUGAUUUAUAUGUCUUUUUAUUCGACGAUUUUGUUAUAAAGAAAUUGUGCGAUAAAUGUAUAACUUCGUAACGCAUUACUUAUAAACGGUGAUUAAAAAUGUAUGUAAUAUGUUACUGGUUACUUCGAUUAAUCAAAGUUUAUAAGUGAAGUCGAUGUGUAAUAUAAGCGCUUUAAUUAAAUGUGCUUAAAACCAUAUAAUUGUGUAUUGUAGUGUCAUAUUCUAAUAGUAACUAUAGUUGUGUAUCUUCUUUUGAUAUUUAUAUGAAAUCUAUUUUACCUGAGUAAAAUAGUAAAAUGGCUCGAUUUUUCAGUGUUAAAAUUACAAAUCAAUUUAUUAUUAAUAAAUCAUUUGACUUUCAAUUUUGUAUGUGAGAAAUGUAUUGUGAAUUUUCUUUUAAUUCUAUUUAUUAACAAAGUUAACACUUGGUAGUUUUUUAUUUGUGGUGUCUACUACGACAGAAAAAAGUGAUAGUGACAAAAUUUCGUUUUUUUUUUUUUUUAAUUAAAUUAAAAUCGAGUCAUUACAAUAACAAUUGUACCUUAGAAUAAUCUAAAAUUUAAUCAUACCCUUUAAUCUCAGUAUCAAUAUGGAAGCCAAAUGAAUUUUUACUAAUUCUUUGUUUUGGUAAUAAUUUAAUCGGUUUGAAUUAUUUUGUGCACUAAAUAUUAUUAUCUAUUGAUUUGUUACUAUUAUUUUGAGAUUUUAUUCUUGGUGUAUAACAAGACAUGUUCGUAUGAAGUCGGUAGCUGGCUUAUGUUCGAGCCGGGCAUUGUAUAACUUACAUCGAUUUAAUAAACUGUAACUAAUUAAA